AUUCUGUAUUUGUUUUGUUCUUACAUCAAGUGUGUUGCUGAUAGUUUAUGGAGGGAAAUGUUCUGCAUGCUUUACUCAGUAAAGGAAGUUUACGUUGUUGUUCCAAUAAUUAAUCAUCAUUUUGUUGUCUUUAAUUUCUUAAACAUGUAGUUUAUUGCAUUUUGUGCUGGAUGAGGAAUAACGUUUAUAACAGGAAGUGCAAUUGUGCAGGACAUCAUCGUCUUUAUCGUAGUUGACUGGUUAACGAAACAUCGGUUUUUGAGGGAUCGCGCCGCUGUCUGUGUUCUGACUGCUGCUGCAUUGAAGUGAGGGCGACCCCGCAACUUUCCUGCGCGUCGGCUCCAACCUCAUCCAUCUUCAUGAGCUGAUAACUGCCGCUCGCUCGCAGAAUGAUCGUAGCAGCGCCAUGACAGUACGGCCGUUCUGUUCUGCAAUGGAGACGUCCCGGUGGCCCAGGAUAAGCAGAUGACGAGUCAACGGGUGUGCGCUGGCAGUGGGAAUGUGUUGCCGCUACCCGCUCCCACUCUGAAGUGCCACCACUACACACACCUCAGCAUGUUGACACUCGAAGAUGGAGCUGGGGCAAUGCUGCCGCAAGGAGGGGCAGAGCUCACGCUGGCAGAGGAUGUAGAGAAAGGUCACCUUCCAGACGUAGUAGUUGAGACCAAAAUACUGGCUUCUGCUGGUAGGCUCCACUCUGAGACUUACUUAUCAAUAGCAAUCCAGGUCUUCAUCCCCUUCCUAAUUGCUGGCUUUGGUAUGGUGGGAGCCGGACUAGUACUAGAUGUAGUUCAGCACUGGAUAGUGUUUGAGCAGAUUACAGAGAUAGUGAUUUUGGUUCCCGCUCUCCUUGGACUAAAGGGAAAUCUUGAAAUGACCCUCGCAUCCCGCCUGUCGACUCAAGCCAACCUUGGACACAUGGACACUCCAAAACAGCAGUGGAGCAUGAUUGUGGGAAAUCUUACUUUAAUACAGUGCCAAGCUAUUGUUGUGGGGUUCCUUGGCUCACUUGUGGCGAUUGUGAUGGGAGGAAUUAAGACCAAUAAGUUUGAGCUGGACCAUGCUUUCCUGCUGUGUGCGAGCAGUCUCGUCACUGCCUCCCUUGCAAGCUUUGUUCUUGGUCUCAUUACUGCGGCGGUGAUCGUGUUCUCCCGGCACUGUAGCAUCAACCCAGACAAUGUGGCGACACCAAUUGCCGCUAGUCUGGGAGACAUUACUUCCCUUGCUCUCCUCUCCUGGAUUUCUACGGUACUUUACGAUGCCAUAGGAAAGCAAGAUUGGCUUGCUCCGCUGAUCAUCUCUGGUUACAUCCUUGUAACUCCGCUGUGGGUGUGGAUCGCUAAGAAGAACAAGCAUACUCACGAGGUGCUGUACACUGGCUGGACACCUGUCAUGGCUGCAAUGUUAAUCAGCAGUGUGGGAGGUUUGAUCCUUGACUUCAUGGUCGUCCGGUUUGAAGGAAUUGCAGUGUUCCAGCCUGUGAUAAAUGGUGUUGGGGGUAAUCUGGUAGCAGUCCAAGCCAGUCGCAUAUCCACAGCUUUGCACCGCGACGCCCAACUUGGCACAUUAGCCGACGAGGACGCCGUUAUCUUCAUCACUCCAGCAGCAGGUUUCUUUGGGAAAGGUAGGCGACGCACGUUAUCGGUACAGGGACCGGUUAUUUUGAUUGACUGCUUUAGAAAUUUCUAUUAUGUGCUGUGCUUCUUAGAUCUUAAGAAUAAAUUAUUGCUUUUACUUGAAUAUAAGGAAACAUAAAAUCUUAAGGUAACA